GGCGGGUGAACGGCGGGAGGUCCUAUUUGACGCCAUUUGGCGCGUGGUUUGACGGCCUGUGGUUCUGCUCUUGGCCCAAGCCCACCGCCGCCCUUGGGCCAAGAGGCUUAUUGUCUCUGUCAUGGAGGGAUGGAAGAAGGCGCUUUUGGCCGCGACUGGUGCUGCAGGCGCCGGAUGUGUCUUGUGGUAUCUUCUGCAAGAAGACCACGAGAAGUCGCGAGCAGAGGGCGACGAGAAGGGGAGUGAACUGGCGAAGGUGCAGCAGAUCCUGUCAGAGAUUGUGACGUCCCAAAGCAAGAUGCUGGCGCACAUGAAGAGUUUGACGCAGGAGCUGCGAUCACAGAAGCUAGAUUUUGAUGAGACCUACAGGAAGCUGAAAGCGGUUCAGCCCGACGACCCUGUGGAGCGGUAUGGCCUCUCCUUCCAGGAGUUUGACGCAAUGUUGGCGAAGCACCAUGACGACCCUAAGGUGAUGGAAGGCAUUCACCAGAUUAUGGGCCUUCAGAAGCCGCACUCGUCUGAGAAGGCGGAAUCGGUCACGCCCGACAAAAUCGUCGAAGUGCACAAGUACAUGCUGGAGGAAGUGCAGGUGCUGGUGAAGGACUUUCGAGAGACCAAGACCCAGGCAGCUGACUCGCAGACUCGCACUGGAGAUGGGAUCCAGCUCAGUGUACAUAGCAAUAAGUCGAACUACGACAGCAAGACGGUGACCCUGACGGCACAAGCCAUGGUCGGGGCCAAGGUGGAAGACAAGUAUGGCCUCAGUUCAGAGGACAUCGAACAUGCUGUGGUGCUUCACCACGAGGCACUUGCCAACAACAAGGAUUUUGCGCACGUCAACAUGCAAAUGCAGAAGGCGAUGUCUUUUUUGAUGGGGGGUGGAGCCGAUGGUAUGCUUCGAUGAGAAGUUCAUGUCGCCCUGAGUGCAGAUGCGAUCCUGGGCAGGGUCCAGAGGCACUUGCUCAAGAGAGGGCACCCAGAAAGGCGUGCACUGUUUAGGUUUCAGAUGCCAUAGUAAAGGAGUGCGCAGAUUCAAGGCGCCCAAAAACACUUUGUG